AAAUUUGAAAUAUAAUUUUUUAUUUCUUUACAAAAUGAAAUUAUUCAACAAAAAUAUAUUUUUAAUUAUUUCAAUAUUAUUUUUGUUUUUAUUAUUUUUAAAUAAACCUUUUGGUUUAUGUAAAGAAUUGAAAAGUUUACAAAAAAGAAAUCUUCUUUUUCCAAAUUUUUUGUUAAAAAAUAGAAAUGAAGGUUCAAAUCAAGUGGAGGAAGAAAAGAAAAUUAUGCCAAGAUCUGUUGAUAAUUUAGAAGAAGAUGAAAACGAAGUUAAUAAUAUAGAAGUUGAAUCACCUCUUAUUGAUUCUAGUGAUAAUGAAAAUAUACUAAAUUCUAUUAGAAGACCGUCUUCCCCUUCUAGAAGACCAUGCUACUUCUCUCCCAUCCAGUGUUUAUUACACAGUCCAGACCACGAUAGAAAAUUCGAAAACUAUCCAGAAUUUCAGCAAAAUCCUCGUUCAUUCCGUGCAUCAAAAUUGAUAAAAAUGGAUGAAUUAAUUCCUAAACUAAAAGAAGAGGAAAUUUUGGAAGAAAUAAAUGAAACAAAUUCUGAUAAUAAUAACAAAGAAAAUCAACUAUUUUCUUCUUUAUUUGUAAAAGUUGAGAACAAUCAGAAUGGCCAAAAAAUAAAUAAUGUGCCGAAUUUAAAGGCGGCUUUAGAGCAAUUAUUAAGAAAUGCACAGGGGAGGAAAUUGAGACAAAAAACAAGAAGAAUGUUGAGACAAAGCAAUCCAAAUAUUGUUUUGCCUAAUCUAAAUGAUAAAGAAAUAAUUGAUUUGGCUAAUAUUAAUGAUAAAACAAGCACUAAAAGGGAAGGAAAAGUUGGAAUAUUUUCUACAAAUCCUUUCAUAAGAAAUCAACAUCCUUCAGGCAAACCAUGGAUGAGAGGAUUUUGA